AAGAAGAAGCUAGGGUCCCUCUGAAGGAAGAAGGAGAGAGGAGUCUUCUCUGACGAAGGACACUUGAUAAAAAGACUAAAACGAAGAACGGAAAAUAGGGAUAAAAAUGGAAAUCAGUGACCACGCUUACACGAGCACCACUUAUGAUAAAGUCAACCCCGUGGAGUUCACAUAUAAAAUGAGUGCAAAUGAAAUUGAAGACUUUGUGAAGCUGAGGGUUUCCAAUAAAUACCUCUUCUCUGGAAGGAGAAACACUUCCAUGUGGGCAUGGAGGGCCAUCCUGAAACAUAUGGGCUUGCAACACAAGAUGACUCAUUGUCAAGCAUCCAAAAAAUGGGAAAACAUGAAGAAAAGAUACAAGGGGCUAAAGAACCCGCCAGAUGGAGUGAAAGUGUUUCCUGAAGCGUGGCCUUAUUUCAGUCUGAUGGACGGCGCCAUGGAAGGUCGGCUGGAAGGCAACGCCCCCAUCCUCAAGGCCUGCCCCUCCAACGGCAUUUUCCCACCCGUCUCCAAACCCAAGAGGAGGAAGAUCUCCACGGUGAUGAGCUCCCCCGCCGAUUCGUUAGCAGGCGGGCCGGAGAUCGAGGUCUCCCUGAACGGAGACGAGGACGAGGAGGAGGCGGCGGCGGAGGACGUAGACUCCAUCAUGCAAGAGAUGGAGCACGGGCGGGACAUGAUAGACAGCGAGCGGCAGGUGAUGGAGAGGGAGAAGCAGGUGAUGGAGAGGGAGAAGCAGGUGAUGGAGAGGGAGCGGCUGGUGCUGCAGAGGGAGAGAGCGGCGCUGGACAGGGAGGUCGCCGCUCUGGACCGAGACCGAGCGUCGCUGGACAGAGAGAGGGCGACGCUAGAGAGGGAAAAGGCAGUGAUGGAGAGGGAGAGGGCGGUGGUGGAGAAGGAGAGAGAUGCUGCGAGCAGGGAGAGGAUGGCUCUGGAGCGGGAGAAAGUCAGGCUGGAGAGGCUUUCUGCACCAAAAGAAAGGACUGAGGAGGUUACAGAAGACGGCGGCGAGGCGAAAGACUCGGGCGUCACGGACAGGAAGGAGCAGUUCCUCAACUUGUUUGAAAAACUUAUUGAAAAUUUUUGAUUCUCGGGGGUUGGUCUGUACGACGGAGUAUUAGGGCCACAUUGAGGGGGAAAAAAUCGGAGAUUUCGAGAAUAAAGUCAUAAUAUUACGAGAAAAAAAGUCGUAAUUUAACGAGAAUAAAGUCAUACUAUUU